UUUUUUUUUUUUUCUUCUUCAAAUGAAAAUAUCGCACAACCCUUCACAUUGGCUACCUCUUUCCUUCAAGUUGGCAAAUUACCUUCGAGAGAAUGAAAUACAUAAGCGUUUUUUGACUAUAAAUGAAUCAGUUUACUUUGAAUGCGCCCUUGAAUCAUUCGCUACAUGGAUAGCGUUUAUCAGUUAUAAGCAAGCUAAUGAAGAAUCUGUUCAGCAUAAAAUUGAAACAACAGUGUUCAGAGUGAGAUCGAUGCUCAGUGAACAGCUUAUACCCCACUUAUUUUACACAAACAAAGUCUGCUGUCAGCUUAUUCCCUUGGAUAUACUCUUGGAAGAAGCACAGAGUGUUGAACUGCCAAACGAAUCAGAAAUUGCUGAAAGUUGGCAAUCAUAUCUGGAGACACACGUAAAUUCAAAGCAGACAUCAGCAUCUCCAUCGGUGACCGACGCAGAUCCUGUCACGACGAUGACAACAACAACAACAGAUGACAAUAUGACUAAAGAAAAAGAGGAUUCACAGGAGCAGGACAACAGUGAAGAAGCGCCAAUCAAGGUCGAAGAGGAAAUGGGAGAUAUAAAUGAGGCGAGUAAACUGAAUCAGACGAUGGAAGCAGAUACAAAGAACAUAGCAGAAAAGAUGAUGCCUGCAAAUGAUGAUAUUAUACUAGAAGAAAUUACAACAGUAGCCGACAGUGUGCCAAUCAUAGAUGUCUUUCAUACACUGGAACUUGAUAGGGCAGCUAUGAUUGAACAGCGUAAACUUGAGGAAUUUGAAGCUCAAGAGGAACUGAAUGAAGCUGAAGAAGAAAAGGAGAAUUCGACUGCUAAAUCGCUAUCUAUGUUUAAUGCAGAUGGAAAUUUCAAUUUGAAGUAUUUACUUCAAGGCAUAGUCGCCAACAGACAAAAGACGUCAUUAUCAGAUCGAGAACUACAAAAUCUUUUAUCAGACUUUAGACCGCAUCGAUCGAAAUGGGCAAGUGACGAACGCGUUGGACAAGAGGAACUAUACGAAGCAUGCGAGAAAGUGUUGACGGACCUAAAAAAUUAUACUGAACACUCAACGCCAUUUUUGAAUAAAGUGAGCAAGCGCGAAGCACCGGAUUACUUUGAAGUGAUAAAGAAACCCAUGGACCUUGGAACAGUAACUAAAAAGAUGAAAAACCUUUGCUACAGAUCAAAAAAGGAAUUCGCAGAUGAUUUGUUUUUGAUAUAUGAUAACUGUCUAAUGUACAAUACAAAUUCUGCAAGUGAAUAUAGAAAGCAUGCCAUAGCCAUGAGACGAAAGACAGAAAGAUUAUUGACAAGAGUACCUGAUAUCACAAUCAAGGACAGAAUGGACAAUGAGAUAGAGGAAGAGGGGGAUGAAAUAAGUGAAGAAGAAGAAAAUGAGCCCCAAAAGCGUCCUUCCAAAAAGUCUUCUGGGAAGCAUACAGUGUCAUCAAAGACCGGUCCUAUAUCUUCAGAAUCAAUCGAACGUCGAUCGCGAGAAAGAUCAAUCACCCGUGGAUCAAGUGCGGCGCCAUUUCCGGGCGAUAUGAGUGAUACAGAAAGUGUUCCUGACAUUAAUGUGUCUCAAAAGUCAUAUGGAGGAAAGACAGUAGGAAAUCAAGCAGGUGAUGAAAAUAUAGAUCUAGAGCAGGAAGAUAAGAAGCUAGGAGAAGAAAUAGAAGCGGAUAUGGGUGAAUUACAGGAUCAAAUAUGGAGAGAAAAGACAAAAAAGACAAGAGCUAGGUUCACGUCUGAUGUCGAAAAACAAUACCAGUAUUCAUUCGGUGAGCGAGAAGCUCUAGUAAGAUCAGGAUUAGACAUGGAAAGGUUUUCGGCUAUACAGCAUUUGCAUGAUGAGUCAGAGUUGAUCAUUAAGCUUAUACGAAGUGAAAAUGAAAAACUGAUAAAAUGGAUCGAUCGCAGACCAAACAAUGUUACUGCCUAUGAUCAUCUUGAUUUAGACUCGAGCGAUGACGAAAAUCUCGAUGCUUUCUUUUCAAGGAAAAUAGUCAAGCCAGAUAAAUCCGUAGAUGAUUCAGCCAAGACAGAUUUAUUUCUUCCAGAAUACAAGAUCACUAGUGGAUUGCCCGAAAUAGAUGGAGUGCCAGAAGAUCUAGUGGAAUCAAGGCGGGAUGAAGGGUUUUUUGAUGAGGCAGACUUAAGGCAGAGCAUAGAUUCCACAGAAGAACUAUCAGAUGUUUCAUUUGACAUAUACCCGGAACUUGCAUUUCCAAACUACGGGUUGAUGCCCAUGAUUGAUCGUAACAUACAGACAUUGGAAAAGAUAAGACUAACAUAUGCAAAGUGCAAUGCCAUCAAGAACAAUACAUCCAUAUCAUCACUAACAUCAUCCAUGAGCAUUGAUUCCCCCUCUACAAACGAGUCUGUUGAUACUCCUCUUGAAGGCUCGAGUGUAUCCAAGAUGCCACCUCUUUCUUUAACUAGUGAGACUGGCUACCGCAUGUGUCAACGAGUGAUCUCAAAGCUGCUGACUCACGCUGGAUUUGAAGGAACAAAAACGGCUGCUUUGAAUGUAUUAACUGAUAUCAUGACAGAUUACAUUACAAACAUUGGUCGAACACUGCGUAACUAUUGGGAUGACUAUGGACAUAAAAUGAGCGGAGACAACAUGCUGCUGCAUACACUAUAUGAGAAUGGUAUUACAGACUUGAGCGAAUUAGAAAUGUACUGCCAGGAUGAGGUUGAAAGGAAUAUAUAUAGAUUAGAAGAUAUUCAUACCAAGUUACAAACGUCUUAUCAAGAUAUUUUAGCUAACCCAGACGGAGGAGCACCAGAAAAUGAAGAGAGCAUACUCAAUGAUGAAGAGACCUAUAUUACGUAAGAUUUCUCUCUCUCUCUCUUGUUUAUACUAAACUGUCAUGUAG